AUGCAACUUGAAGCUGCCCAGAAAUUACUGCCCAUAACUUGUGACAUAAACUUAUUAAAAACCGCAUCACUACCAAACACUUUCACAGAUGAGGGAAAUUCUUUAAAGGAUUUUUCUGAAGUACAACAAUUUUGCUUGCACAUGGAAGGGAAGGGAAAUAAAUUUGAAGCACAGACACAAACAUCAGGGAAAAGAGUCGCAAAAGUUGGUUAA